AUGAACGAGGACGAGGACGGUUAUGUGUUUUUUGGGGAACCGUUUGACGAGGAAAGUGAUGACCCUUACAAUUCUCAGAAAAGAAAGGUUCAGCCACAGGCCUACGAAAAGCGUGUCUUGAAUGAAAGAGGAAGACCUCAGCGCUUUCAUGGUGCAUUCACUGGAGGAUUUUCUGCGGGUUACUUCAAUUCAGUGGGAUCGAAGGAAGGUUUCCAACCAAAGUCCUUUAUCUCAUCAAGACGAAAUCGUGAUAAUGCGGAACUGAAAAAGAAGGCUGAACCAGAAGAUUUUAUGGAUGAGGAGGUAAGACUUAAUGAAUUUUGGCUUUCGUGUUGUAAUGGAGAUCUUGGGGAGUUCGGAAUUGCCCCUAGACGCUAUCGCACGCGGCAUGAAUUUGACGAUACUCAUAUAUUUGAUGCAAUUUCGGAUUCUCUGGGUGGAAGCUCGAUCAUUCCAGCUGCAAAUGAUAUACUCAAGCGGGUGAUGGUAUCUGGCGGGACGAGUCUUUCAGAACGCCUCCUCCGACGAUUUGGAUGGAAGCACACGGACGGGGAUGACCAGCAGGUAAGAGAACAGCAAUGCGUCAAUGGUGAUGAGGACAACGAAGGAAGAGUACUAGAGCCGGGCAAAGUUGGAGACUCGGAAUCCACUACGGUUCCUAAAAAGACUGCCCCAAAAGCAGAGUUGGACUACGCUGUUAUCAGCUUUGAACCCAAAACAAACACCUUCGGUUUGGGCUACUCCGGACUAGACCCAAGGAUCGCUUUCGGUCAGAUCUCGACUACCGCAUAUCAGGAUCCGCGUGGAGAAUCCGUCAGUGCCCUGCGACAGAAAGAAAUGUCUCGGCGGAUCGGCGCUGACGGUCCUGGUUUCAAUCCCGGAAUGGGUGUCAUUCGAGAUGGAAUACGGGCCAUCGGCUAG